AUGCUAAGCGUACAAACAUGCCAGAGCAGCAAUCGAGUGGAUUUCCUCCUGCGGGGGAAAUUCGUCAAGGGUAGCAAAAGGGACUUCCUCCUGGCCGCAAAGGACUCCUACCUGGAGCUUCUCACGGGGGACUUCAAAGAAACGAUUUACGUCCAAAACACCUUCCUCAAGAUAAUCCACCUGCAAGUCCAGGAGGGGAAGCGCCAGGACCAGUUCCUCGUCGCGGAUGAAAAAUUGAAUUUCCGAAUUUUGAAGUUUGACGGAUGCUUCGUGGAGACCUGCUUCCUCGGAAACUUCAGAUCACCCAAGCUGACCAAAUAUGGGGAGUACCUAACCCUAAAGGGUGAAGAAAAGAAAAAUGAGUUUUUCCAGCAGUAUGCCAGACACAUCCACGUGUGUAACUUAAGAGGAGUGCUUCUACUCUCCAUAGAAAAUGUCCUUUUUUUUGUGGCAGCGAAUGAAUCUAAUUGGAUAUACAAAAAGUUAAGUGACUACUGUCUCGGCUAUGACUUCGGCGUUAAAUGCAUAUCCCACCAGAGGGACGUUGAUAUCGUUUACGACCCUUUGCAGCUCAGGCACUACAUCAUUCGCAGGAACAGAAAUGGGAGGAGAAGGCUCAACUACAUUUCGUCUUCUUUUGCGCGGAGCAGCAGGGCGCACGUCUACGCGGUAGGUAUGAGUCGCCCCGAGGGGGGCCCGGACCAGGGCGGCAAAAGAAGCGGAAAAGGGAGCGGUCUACGAACCGCCGAACAAACCGCCUUACAAAGCGGGUGUACUCCCGCUGACGGGGGCCGACGCAGAAAGCACCCCCUGGCCAGCAGAAGCAAGUGCCCCAUCAAGGUGAAAAAAAUACGCAUCGAAAAAGGACAGAAGAAAGAAUCAUCCUGCAUUCGCUUUCGAAAAGACAUUUCCUUUGUAACUCUCUUGGAGUGCACGUCGGAGGGGUACUCAAAUGUGCCGAGUGAUCCACCCCAUGAUGAGCAGUGUAUCAUCAGCAGUUUAAGUGCCGCUCGUUGUAAGCACCUAUUGGGAGAAGGGCAUAUCCCCGUGAGGAAUGCACCAAAUGGGGGGUUAUUUGGAAAGUCGCCCCUACAGAGCGAGGUGGGGCAUUCAAACCGUGUCACUUCUCCCCCCCUUGGGAGUGGAGCAGUUGCCCCAUGGCACCAUGCAGCUAAUUGCCACGAUGAAGACCAACCGUAUAAGGAACUUUACAUCAGGAGAAGACACCCCACUGAGGAAACACCACCAAAGGAGAGCUACUAUAACGAGUUUGCCAACUGCAUAAGCCUAAAAACAUGUUUCGUCGUUUAUUUUAUACAAAGCAGAAGCAGUCACGCCGAUUUUGUGAAGCACGUUUUGUUCCUUUUCGAAAGGGAAGAGAGCCAAAUGAUGAAGCUGAUGAGUCAUUUGUGGAGGACCAACCUGUUUGAGACAAACGAUUGGGAUGUUCUUAACAAAUAUGGAAGGGACCCCCCUGGUGAUGAACAUCUGAUGAGUUGCAGCAACUGUUUAGUAGACCCAUCUAGUGAUGGGAAGCAGCUUAAUGGGUUUACCAAUGACUCGAAGGGUGGCGAAACGGGGAGGCACAGUUUUGGGGCAUGUCCACUGUGCCAGUAUCAUCUUCAAAAAAUGAAGUUUCUCCAGGGGGACCCCGUAUUUGAGCAGAUUUUCGAGAGGAACUUUUUCUGCCGACACGGCUGGGUGAGCCAUGGGAAGGAGAACACCCAUGGUGCAGACAACACGGUUACUGCAGACAACACAGUUACUGCUGACGAUGCGCGGAAAGCGACGGCGCUGCUGCUGGGCCUCUCCACCAGGCUGAAACUUCUCCUCCUGUACUUUUCCCUUUUCUUCUACUCCAGCAGUAGAACGCUGAGCAACUCGUCCGCUUCUACCCUGUUGAGGAGGCAAAACGGGGGGCCCUCAAUUACGCGCGAGCUAGCCAUGCACAUUUACCUUCUGAAUAGCUUCGUCGCUCAUAUUUUUAACUCUGCGUGGGGCGAUUCGGGGGGGGACCCGUCCGCCAUUCAAACAGGGAAACUGCCGAUGGGGAAGUUAGCGGCGGGGAAAUUGCCGUCGGGGAAGCUACCAAGUGCCCGUGUCCACCGCGAUCAGCGCGAUGUAACCCCCCUGGAGGAAGAACCCAGCGAAGGAAGGGAGAAUGACCCAAGGGGGUGCUCGCCGAACGGAGAUAGACUCACGAAUGAGAAGUUGCUCCUGAUGUGUCAAAAGUUGAGUCGGCUCAUUGGGGAGCACAUGGCGGAUCCCCCACAACGUAGCAGCGGAGUAACCCAAACAGCCUUAACACCUUUUCGUAGCGACGAGUUGAAGACAAAGGAGGGAGAAGCCACAAAUGAAAUUGCUGCACAGCAUUGCCAAAUUGUGAAGAGACUCAUAGAGGAUUUGCACCACCUGCGAGUUAUAUCUCUCACCUGUUUGGAGGAAGCCAAUUUUGAUUACCAAAAGGUGAGGGAUAAGUUAAUACGCGAGAAGGAGAAGCUCCAGAGGAGGAGAAGAAGGGGACACCACUCCCAUGGGGGGACCCAUCAACAGAGAGUCAUUCGCAAAACGCACAUCAUACUGAUCACCACGAAUGAUAAGGGACAAGCCAACAUUAUAUUUUUUAAAAAAAGAAAAAGGAAGAGAAACACCACCGUUAACAACAUUUUGAUACCCAUUGGAAAGUUAUACCUCCCCGUGGAGGUUGUGAAUGUGGAGAGGGUAAUGAACAGCAGCUCCUUCGUCUUAUUUGCCGAAAGGGGGAUGGUUUUUUUUUUUCAUUUUUCCACAGCGUAUGGCGCGAACCUCACCCUGGUGAACUACCGCCUCGCUGUCAACACGGACGUUGCCCUUGUGGACAAGUUGCGGUUCAUGAGGGUUGUUAAAAAGGAUGGCGCGAAUGAGGAGGUUGAGGACCGCAUUUUAUGCUCCGAUUACUUUGUUAAAUGCCUCAGCUUGAGGAGCCUCCGGAACUUCCCCCCGCGGUUGUGGCCGAGGGGCACCGCUGGAGGGGCCGAGGGGGGGAAAAAAAGAGAGAAGCAGAAAGAGGGACAUUUUGGAAGACACCUGGGCAGGCACCUACGCAGGAGCGCCCCUUUGCAGCAGCGUGCCAAAUGGAGCAAACAAACGGAAGAGUCGCCCCCCCCAAGGGAAAGCAACUACAUAAACAGCGCAGCCCAAUUUCAAGCCCUACGCAGUGUUCCCCACAUCGACAGCUUCUACACCUACGCCUUUGCGUACCACUACACCUUUAAGCUUUUCCAAGAGGUGUAUGCCCGGGGGGGGGGCUCCACCUCCUCCCAAGGCGGUAGUUGCGUUGGGGCAGAUUUGGACAUCGCGAUUGACGCAGUUUUGGGGGGGGCUACCUAUGGCAGGGGUGGCACUAUUACUAAGAGGAUUUCAGACGGGAAGGCGCAACCAUCACAGCGGCAAUCACCACUGGCGCAACCACCGAAAGGUGCAAGCCCCCCGAGUGGGCGCCCCACCCCCGUCUCGCUGCAAAUCAGCAAAAGUGCCUUCAACGAGAUAUACAAGAGAAGGAAGUACGCCUUUUUCUCCCCCCCCCAGGGGGAUGGUCCAAGCGGGGGGGGCCCAACAGGUAGGGGAGAAGCACCAUGUAGCGGAGCACCCGAGGAGAGGAGGGACGCUCCCCCAAAAAAGAGGCCCAAACGGAGAAGAACCCCCCGCUGCUACCGUAACAACGAAAGUGAUGCAAACGGGAUGGGGAAGACACCAUGGGAUGAGGACACUCCUCCACGAGAGGAAAAAAAUCAUUUUGGAAGUGCCUCCCCAGGGGACGACGACGCGUUACCGAAUCCGCUCAUCGUAUCGUUAGGGAGCGACUACCCUAGGGGGACCCACCCUGUGGGGCACCCCUUCGUUAAAAGGUACCUCUCAGUUGAUCGCCGAGGGAAGAAGAUGUGCAUCAUUAUUUUUCUAUUCGAUGUGGUAGCUUCCCAAAUGCUCAUAAAGAGGACCUUUUUUGGGAGAGGCAGUCCGUCUACGCAAGGGCAGGAGAGUAACUACUUUAGGAGUUUAAUCGCAUCGUCCAAAGGGAUGUACUGUAUAAGCACCCUGGGGAGUACCUCCAUGGGGAGUACCUCCGUGGGGAGUACCUCCGUGGGGGGAUGGCCAUCAUCGCCGGGCAAACCGAAUGCCACGGUGGAAGAGAGCACACACUUUGUCCUCUCCCUGAGUGAGGAACAGGCGGACGAACUGUUCCUAAUCAAGUCGUGCGUUUAUAGAGUUUCCCGUCGGCAGCAGGUUAAAUACAUUUUAAAAAAUGUGAAGAAGGCCUACCACACGUAUGAGAGGGCCAAAACGGUGAGGGAUUACAAGUACAAGGAGAAGGCGGUCGUUAGUCCCCUGCCCAGCAUGCAGAGCCCGUGGAGCAUUACAGACGAACUGAAGAGGAUUGCCAAUCUGUGCAAAGGCACUGCGCCGGUGGGGGGAGACCCGCCUGACCUGCGGAGAGACCCCCAUACGGACGACCACAUAUUGAGUGUGAAGAGGCUGAAAAAGAAGCUCUCAGAUGGGUUAGUCAUCCUGGACGGGAAUCGGGACCUGCACAAGUUGACCCUCGGCCAUAGGGUGCUGCUGGCCAGGCAGACAAACCAGGUCACUGCUUCGUCUACAAAUCAGGUCACCGCUGCCCCGCCGAUAGAUCACCCCAACACGCACACCUUCCUGAUCCGCUUCAACGACCAGCUGGGCAUUCUCUGCAUGACGAGCUACUUGAAGACCUCCUACCUGUACGUCCGAAGCAGGGACCACCUCUUUGGAGCCUUCCAAAAUGCGCUUUCCCUGCUGAGCGGGGGAGGGAAGGCAACCCUCAUAGGAGCAAACAGCUUCACCACGUUAGGGAGAGUCCCUACUGAGCGGCGGAACCAACAGAAUGACAUAAAGAAAAAACCAUCGUUUGAAAUGAUCCACGAGGAACAAGUAGAAUUGUUAAACCUUACGAAGGGGAAGCUCCUAUAUGCAAAAUGUGUAGGUCAAAAUGGAGAGAGGAGCUUUUGCGUCCUCCUGAUAAGUACCAGCAGCAUCAUUAUAAAUCGGUACUAUGUGGACCCUCUAAGUGGUGGUACCCCUGUUCAACUGGCGGGUACUUCCUCAUGGGGAUUGACCUCCGCCCCAAUUGUGCACUACCAUUACGAUAAGGGCUUCCUAGCGUUAUCCUACGUAACCGGCACUGUUGAGCUGCUCUACCUUGACGGGGUGAAUAGCCUCUGUUUGCUAAUCGAUCGAGUGACCUGCGAAGAAAGGAUACACUCCAUUUAUAUUUUCCCCAAGGAGGACAGAAGAGGAGUCCCCUCCAGCAAGUCAGCACAUAAGUACAAUUACAUUUUGCUGUGUAUAGGGUUGCAGAGGAGAUGCAGAGUGCUCACUUACUACCUCAGUCAGAGCUGCUCCCCCCACUUGAGGGAGGCAUCAUCACCUGGGUUGAUGAACCCCAUGGAGGAUGUACCUUCGGAAGGGAAGGCCAACAAAUAUUUAAACAUAUACGGGCAUUUUUUAAAAGCAAGAAAUGUUGAGGUGGAACUCCCUCGGGGGGAGGACCUCCCACCGUUUCACCACCUGCAUGCAUUCCAAGGCGUUGCAAAAUCGGUUAACCCUCCGGAGAAGAACACACACUUCGUGACGGACGUAUAUGAGUACUCCAUAGAUACCUUAAGCGACCACUGCAUCAUCACCGGGGUGAUGAAGCUUAAUAAUUUUUUACUUAUCGGGACAAAUGAGGGAGUUGUUAAAGCGUAUGACAUUUUCCAGUCAGGCAACUCUCCACCGAAUGACCUCUUUUUGCGGCACUUACGGAUUUAUAAAAAUCAGAAGAGAGUAACCAAAAUGUUUGAUGAGUUUUUACUUGGGAAUAGCUCCGUUUAUUUUUUGAACCCAUUGAAGGGGCACUUCGGGUGGGCCGAGUCCCCACGGGUUGUCUACCGGAAGAGAUUCCGCGCUGUGGCCUUUUGCGAAGGCGCCAUGUUUAUGUUCGUGUCGGAUAGGGUCAAGCGGGGGGGAGAGAUGCGAGCGACGAAGUCGGCGGAAGGGCCGGAGAGGUGGGACAGCGUCUCGGGUAGCGACGAACGGGGUGACGAACGGGGUGACGAACGGGGUGACGAACGGGGCGGAGGCGACGCGAGCGAGUCCACGUCCACCUCCGCGUCUGCCCACCACUCCCCCAGGAGAGGCCGCCGCAACUAUUUGGACCAACUGAAGGACAGGGUGGACGGCUACCUGGGCAACCUGAUGAACCUCGAGAAGGGCAAAGUGCGCGACCUCUUGCGGGGCAGGCGUAUAGGAGAAGGCGGCAUGCCGAGCAGGAACAUUUUUGUUCUCCCCCUGCGGAUUUUUAAAAAUGGGGCUGAUCCUACCUCUAUGGGGGGAAGCCGAUCCGAUGUGCCGAACGAUUCGAGCCACUCGAUGGAAGCGCGCCAAACGGACCACCCACCCAGUGACGCCGCAGAAAUUGGUUCAAAUGAACCCGGCACAGACAGGCGUAAAAAAGACACCCCCCCUCGCCCCCUCAGCAGGAAAAAUAGAGAAACCGUCCACACAAGCAAAAACCACUACGACUACGCAGCGAUGAACCAAAGGUUAGUAAAGGUCAAAUGUGAGGUGAAUGCAAAUAACAUUGUCUUAAUUAAAAACACCGAUGAGGCGUUCCCCUUCCUCAUAAUUAUGAGCAUAAAUCAGAAAAUCUACACGGGAAUGAUUCAAAGGGACCAGCUCUUUUUCGAGAAAAGGAAGAGCUGCCCAGAGGGAGGUUCAAUUGAAAAGUUUGUUAAAAUGGAGGGCUCCUCCCCCCCUGGGGAUUACUACACGCAGAAUUUUGUUCUCUACUCGGAGGUGAGUAGGGAGAGGAGGCAGGAGGGCCUCGCCGCGGAGGGAAGGAGUGACGGUCCUGCACAGUUCAGAAGUGACCCCUCCUAUGGUGAGGCAAAAAAACGGGGCCGCCUCUCCUCGAAAAGGGAUGGGCCAAACAGAGCUGACGGGUUUCCCACCGAGAAGAGAGACAAAGAGAGAGGGAUCGCCACCCACUGCGGAGGCAACAACCUGUUUCUGAAAAUGAGCAAGAAGAUUAUUAACACCUUUAAGAGGAGCACCCUCUCCGAUGUGCUCCUGAUCAAUUUAGACCGAAGGUAUAUCCUCACGGAGUUGUUCCUAAUUUGCUCCAGCACGGAGAAGGGGGAAAUUAUUGAGGCCAUCGAGGGGGGGCACACCUCGGCGCAUCCAUUUUCGGGGCAGAUCUCGGGGCAGCCAUUUUCGGGGCACACCUCAGGGCAGCCAUUUUCGGGCCAGCUGGCGCGCCCCCCCCGGCGCUUCCCCGUGAAGCUUCUCACGAACCGCAUAAACUUGGAGGGAAGCUCAAAUGAUGGUGCCAACCCCCUCUGCAUAUACAUGCAGCUGUACCUACGGGACCACAACCUCUUUGCCUGGAACAAGCAGGUCCUUUGCCUGCUGCGCAACCAGUGUGCCAAUUUUGCAAACAGAUUCUACGCCUUCUUGUUCUACAACACCGUCAGCAGGACGCAUCAGCUGAGCCCGUUUUUCCAAGAUAAAUGGGUAGCGAAAAAUAUAGCCGUUAACCCGUCAGGCAGUAGCGAGCUUGCUCUUGGUGAUUUAGCGGCUAGGAGUGCCCCCCGAGGUGGGGGUAAUCCCCAUCUUAAGGACGAAGAGAAGAGGAGGGAGCUCCUACGCAACUGCGUCAACCGAGUCUGCAACAUUUUGAUGGCGCUGAUUGGGAAGAAAACGCACGCGGUGAUUAGCAAAAAUUUGUUUCCCGACCAGGGUUGUAGGAAGGGCAGGGGGGGGGAAGCCAAAGGAAGACACGGAGAAGCGGGGGACAGCCACGCGAAGGGCAGCGGGACGAAGAAAAAAAAGGGCAGCGGGGACCACCACAACUGCACUAAGAAGCAGCGGAAACUGGGGAACAACGAAAAUGUGCAGUUGGACCAGAGCGGCGGCGCAGUGGGUCCCUCCAGGUGUGCAGACGGUGGUAAUGGAAGUGGCAUCCCCCUAGCAGAGUCGCCUCCAAAACGGAUUGAGGUAACCGCGGAAGCAGCCACGAGCGUACCCCAAUUCUUGGCAAACGUAGAAGGGGAGGAGAAGCACCUGAAGUACCUUCGCCGGACGAACCUGCCAGAGGAAUCCCACCCACAGGAGGGCAGCAACGGACAGCCUCCCCAAAACCGAAACGUCGUGACGAAGAUGUUGUUCGUAAGCUUGUUCAGCCAGGUGGAAAACAUAUACAGGCUGCGCCUGCUGGGGGGCGUGCCCUCCAAGGGUUGUGAGGCGGACAGCGUAGGUGCGAGCACACCCGCGAACGAAGGCGACUGUCAUCUAUCCUUCCUCGUCGUGCACCUCAAGGGGAGCAAGUACCACUUCAGCUCCGUAACUGAGUAUUACAAAAUGGUGAACAAGAAGGGCGCGAAGGGGAGGGGCCCGCUCGAAACGGACGCCCCAGAGGAGCAUCCGGGGAAAAGGGAAGGCCGGGCAGUUAGAGAGGCUGACGAAGCAGGCGUGUCAGUCGCAGCAGGGGGACGCUCCCCUGGACGUAGGAAGAAGACUCACACGAAGGAGCACACGCAGGUGAGGAGAAGAGGCAUCCACAAAAGGGCCCACCAUAGCAGACGGAAAAGGCAAAGAAAAGGGAAUCCCCUCGUGUUGGCAUCCAGGCGAACUGCCUCCUACCUCUUGAGGGAGAACAUAGCGGGGUUUGUUCUGUACCGCGAAUGGGUUAGAGUCCCACAUAGCUGCGUGAAACGAUUCCCCCAAAGGGUGAAAACGAGAAAAGGCAAAAAGGAGAAAAAGGAGGAAAAGAAGAAAAAGGAAAGUCUCAAAGGGGAGGAGAAGGACAGCUACGACUGCCUCUUCCUAUUCCCCAACAACUUAAGGCACCACUACAAGGAAAUCAUCCUCUGCAGACUGAAGGACAAAGUCAACAGGAUGUUCGGUUUUAACGAGGGGGACCUGUUCCUUCUCCUGAAGGUCCACUUGAAUUAUGCCUUCUUGGUGAACUACCGCAGGAGGGUUUCCUUCUGGAGCAACAUCAAGCACGUGUAUAAAAAUUUGCUCCUCAUGCGGGUUGAGCAGAGGCCCGCCAGCGAGGGGGAAACCACAAAGGUGGCUUCCAACGAGGACCCCGCCCCUACCGCGCGAAAGGGCAAAACCGCGCUGGUGUUCAAGAAGACGAAGCGGGAAGACAUCCUCGGGUUCUUCAUCAAAAACACGACGACCACCCCCCUCGCCUACAUGAGCAGGGGCAUGAAAAACGUAAAGCCCUUCCAGAGGAAGUACCUAAUAUUUACGCAGAAAAAUCACGUAGUCCUUCUUAAAAUCGUUUUCGCGAAAAGCAAUAGAAAAAUCUCGAGGAGCAAGAACGGACUGAUGGAGAGGAUCCUGCAGAAUUGUAGCUACGACAAGAAGAUGCUCCUCUACCGAACGGAAGAUGGUCGAGUAGUAAAAUUUUCGGACGUUUUUUAUGAGCUGCUGGGCAGGCAGUACGUAAUGAAGAGCGGGCCCAGCGGGAAGAGGGGCCUAAGCGAAGUGGAGUACAUAGACAGUUUAGCGAGUGGCACGGCGAACAGGACGACCACUCCCCGGGGGAACCACCCCGAUGGGAGUGCUAACCCAGACGGGAGUGCACACCCCCAUGGCAGGGCAAACCCAAAUGAAAGCGCGCAGAGCACCCCCUCGGUGGCGCACCCAAGACAGGGAGAAUGCCCCAACAAGCAGCAGCAGCACAACCACCACCACGCGAUGAAGCAAAGGGACGAGCAGUACGUGGCCCUAUUUAAAGGCUACACCUUCGAGGAGCAGUUUUCCCCCGCGGAGAAGGAGUUCCUCUACCCCCUGCAGUACGAAAUCGUGGAGCAUCACAGAAACGAAGAAAACUUUGAAGAGAUAAAUGACCUGCAUGUGUAUGAAAAUAAAAUCCUCAUCGUCACAAAGAGUUACGUUCGUGUGUACCAAUACGAUGAGCAGAAAAACCGCAUGACUAUGCAAUGCUCCAAUAUAUUUUACAACGUGAAUAACAUGCUGAUGAACGAACGUUACCGAAAGGCGUUAGUCCUGCGGGGCAUCUUCCAAAGCGUAAACGUCGCGUCGAAGCGGUUCCUCUCCGUUUACUACGUGCUCGGCAAAUGCAUGCAUUAUGUUGGCCAUCUAAAGGUAAGAAACGAAAUAAAACAAAUUUUGGAAAACAAACUUCUGCACAACGUCAUGGGGGUUAACAUGAAUGUCAAUCCAAGGGAACACAUGAUAGACAGUCUACGCACUUAUCAGAAAUUUUUUUUUAAUUUUUUUCUUGUGGACUCCAAAGGUAAUUUUCUCUCCAUAUAUAGUACCCCCUUCGCGGAAGAAAUGCAAGGGCAAAACUACUUUUACGAUCAUAACAGGGCCAUGCAGAUAUGUCAUGACCUCAUGUUAUUCUUUCAAAUACUUAUCAAUGGGAGGAAGACUGGCUCGACAUCUCCCCACCCGAGUGACCCAUUUAUCGGCCAUACGAAGUGCCUCCCCCCGAAAAGGAUCAAAAAAUUGCAAAGGAACCUCUUUUACAGUAACUAUUUCAUCAAACCGAAGAGCAGAGUCUUCCUAACGAUUUUCAUUCACAAAUUUUUUAUGUACAUGAAUAAAAAAAUUAUCUUUUUGGAAAAUGCCUUUUCGCAAAAUUGCACAGAUGACAUGCUCUUCGAGUUGAAGCUACGGGUCUACAACAGAAUUUUAAAAUUGAGCUCCUACCACUUUUCAGAUAGGAAGAGUGCCUUUCAAUUGCUAAACAGUAUGUAUGAUAUGAGGGCCAAUAAAAAUACCCCCUACUUUUCUCUCCAAACGCGUCUGCAGGAUUAUGGGGACAUCAUCACUAGUGAGCUCUACCACAUGAGGGUGUACCCUUCUGCAGCCCCACGUGCGAAUCAGCCUGCAGAGGACUAUCGGCGACGAAGCGGUACAAACUGUAGGAAAAAACCCUCCCUAGAAAGAAACAUCACGAGCAAAAUUGAAGAAAUGAAUAGAUACAGAUUCGAUCCCAUAAGGGACUACAACGGGGUUGUGAAAAACAACAUCAGAGAUAACUGCUACUACGAUGUAGAUUUCUACCACCUCCUUGACCGCAUCCACAGUAUGGACGAAAGCACCUUCUCUAGAAAGACCAAACUUGCAGAAUAUAAAAACCAUUUGAAAAACAGCUUCGCUGACAAUUCGCUUUUUCAAAUUUACUUCAAAUUCCUCACGUACGUGUCUAAUAACCCCAAGAUGUUUCACCACAUGAAGAAGUACCUGCACUUCCACCCCUACUCUACCAAGUUGCUAAAAAACAGGACGUUUUACUUUAACAUGGAUUUGCUCAACGUCAUUUUUAGCUUCGACAACGACGCCUUGGGGGAACUUCGAAGCGUCCUCAGCUUAUUCCCCACCUGCCCCUCCCUCGACGAGGUCUUCGCGGCCGUCGCGCUGCUGCACGUGCCCCUCGGGGGCGCCUAG